UUGAAAAUCCUGCUCACGAAUGAUGAUGGUAUUCACGCUUCCGGUAUCUGGGCGGCGGCGCGCACUCUGGCCGAAGUCGGCGAGGUCGCAGUGGUCGCGCCCGACCGCGAACAGUCCGGCGUGGGCGCGUCCAUGACCCUGCACUCCCCCCUGUUCGUCCACUCCGUGCCGGCCGAACACGCAUGGGCGGUCCAGGGCACCCCGGCCGACGCCUGCAUCCUGGCUCUCGAAAACCUGGUCACCCCCAAACCCGACCUCGUGGUCAGCGGCAUCAACCGCGGUUCCAACCUGGGCUGGGACGUGAUCGUUUCCGGCACCGUGGGGGCGGCGGUGCAAGGCUGGGUUCGCGGCUACCCGACCAUCGCCAUCUCGGUGGGAUCCGUCCAGGCCCCCCGGUACCAGCUCGCGGCGCAGGUGGUAGCGCAUCUGGCCCGCCGGCUGGCCGACGCCCCCGAGGUCUCCCCGGCCUAUUUCCUCAACGUCAACGUUCCGAACGAGCCCGCGGACCAGAUCGCUGGCGUCAAGGUUACCCGUCUGGGCGGGCGAGCCUACGGCGAAUCCGUGCGUUCCGAGGAGUCCUUCGGCCACCGCCGCUACUGGAUCUCGCGCAAUCGCCCGGUCCUGGCCGGCGGUGACGGUACCGACAUCGACGCCAGCAAGUCCAAAUAUAUCGGCAUCACCCCCAUGGGGAUGGCAUUCUCAACCACCGACGAGCGCGUCGAGAUGGUUCAGGGCCUGGUCGAAGGUCUGCCGAGUGGGUGCCGCCGCCGCCUGACCUCUCCGGCGUCCGGUCCUCAUCGCCGUCGUCGCCGGCUGCGGACGCCGCCCCGGUUCGCCCGCCGGCGCCUCUCCGGGGGGGCGGAUUGGAUCGCAGCCCUGGUCGACCCAUCAUUGGCCUCAUCCUCGUAG